AUGACACACCAGCCCUCAGACAUGACACACCAGCCCUCAGACAUGACACACCAGCCUUCAGACAUGACACACCAGCCCUCAGACAUGACACACCAGCCUUCAGACACACCAGCCUUCAGACAUGACACACCAGCCUUCAGACAUGACACACCAGCCCUCAGACAUGACACACCAGCCUUCAGACAUGACACACCAGCCCUCAGACAUGACACACCAGCCUUCAGACAUGACACUCCAGCCUUCAGACAUGACACACCAGCCCUCAGACAUGACACACCAGCCUUCAGACAUGACACACCAGCCCUCAGACAUGACACACCAGCCUUCAGACAUGACACACCAGCCUUCAGACAUGACACACCAGCCUUCAGACAUGACACACCAGCCCUCAGACACACCAGCCCUCAGACACACCAGCCUUCAGACAUGACACAUCAGCCCUCAGACAUGACACACCAGCCUUCAGACACACCAGCCUUCAGACAUGACACACCAGCCUUCAGACAUGACACACCAGCCCUCAGACAUGACACACCAGCCUUCAGACAUGACACACCAGCCCUCAGACAUGACACACCAGCCUUCAGACAUGACACUCCAGCCUUCAGACAUGACACACCAGCCCUCAGACAUGACACACCAGCCUUCAGACAUGACACUCCAGCCUUCAGACAUGACACACCAGCCCUCAGACAUGACACACCAGCCUUCAGACAUGACACACCAGCCCUCAGACAUGACACACCAGCCUUCAGACAUGACACACCAGCCCUCAGACAUGACACACCAGCCUUCAGACAUGACACACCAGCCUUCAGACAUGACACACCAGCCUUCAGACAUGACACACCAGCCUUCAGACACACCAGCCUUCAGACAUGA